AUGUUUUUAGAUCAUUUUACUACAGUACUGCAUGAAAAACCAAACAAUAGCUUUAUUCUCAGCAAAGACAAAUACAUUGCUAUUAUAGAGGACGUUAAACAGGCUAAAGCAAAGCAGACAAAAAAAACUGUUGACUAUCGUCGACUAAACAAAUAUGAUGUUAUUGAAGUUGACGGUAAAGAAAAACGUAUUGUACCUCUGACAGAAGACAAUGGUGCUAUUUUGUACUAUGUGCACUCAGAAGAGUUGUUCGACUUGAUCAAUGAAACUCACUUGAAAAUCGGACAUGGAGGUCGCACAAGGAUGGAAAAAGAGCUCAAGAGAAAGUACAAAAAUAUCACCAAAGAAAUCAUCACUAUGUAUCUUCGGUUGUGCAAGCCUUGUCAGACAAAAUUGUCUAAUCCCAAGAAAGGUCUUGUUUCCAAACCUUUGAUAUUUAAAGAAUUUAACUCAAGAUGCCAAGUAGAUCUUAUUGAUAUGCAAAGUAACCCAGACGGCAAAUAG